GGAGAAGAGACUGGUAACAAUCAUCAAACAUGGCGGACGAGAACCGGAAUGAUGGACUUUUCACGUAGCAGUCUUAGUUUAACAAUGUCUUCGAGUUUUGAAGCGAGAAUCACAAUGGAUGAUAUUUUUUAUUGGAAUGAAAAGAUUUUCCUUCAAGGACACAUGUUGAAAUUUGCGAGUUGUUCGUAAAAAUGUGAAAAACGCUGUAAAUAUGGCGGGACUUUUAAAUCAUGUUUUGCAUGUUGAGAAAGCUGUUUCACUUUCGUUGCCUUUGAAAUCAGGCGCGGCGUUUUACAGGACAUUUCCAUCAGCGACGGGAAAAUAUUCAUCCUCUUAUGUUCCUCUGAAAACGGUUGCAAGUAUUCAAAAUCGUACGCGAUCCCUGGUACAAGCUUUACGAUCUGCAAAAAAUGAACAGUCGUGGUUGAUUCGUUUAGAAGAGUUUAACGACCACAUCCUUCGUUAUCAAGGUGUCGGCAGGAGUCAAGCUAUUCGAGAAGAAGCCAUCAGCUUUCUGCUAAGUGUUAGAAAGAAGGGAAAUAAAGAGGUUCGUAAGGAAGCGCAAAAAGCGCUGGCGUUACUGGGAUGGGUGGAUCCCGUCAAGGGAAGAGGAAUCAAAGUGCUGUCGAUCGAUGGAGGUGGAGCAAGAGGCUUGAUGGCAAUUGAGAUCUUGAAAAGAAUUGAAGAAAUGUGUAACAAGGAGAUUCAUGAAUUAUUUGACUUUAUCUGUGGAGCGUCAACAGGAGCCAUUUUAGCAUUUCUGAUUGGUAUCAAGAGAGUUCCUCUGGAGGAGUGUGAGCACACUUAUAAAAAGCUCAGCAUGGAUAUAUUUGAACAGAAUUCUUUUAUUGGAAAAGGAAAAUUAUUCCUGAAUCAUGCCUAUUACGACACAGCAAAAUUUGAACAGAUUCUCAAGAAUGAAAGUGGAGAUGAACGAUUGAUAGAUUCAGCUAAGGACUCAGCAACACCUAAGGUGGCAGCAGUAUCUACAGUAGUCAACCAUUCCUUACUGAUGCCGUAUGUCUUCAGUAACUACACACACCCUUAUGGUUCCAGCUCUAAGUUUCCUCAGAGCUGUAAGUAUAGGCUGUGGGAGGCACUCAGGGCAUCCACUGCUGCUCCUGGCUACUUUGAGGAGUUCAAACUUGGAAAUAACAUCCACCAGGAUGGUGGACUCCUCACAAACAACCCUUGUGCAAUAGCUGUCCAUGAGGCUAGGCUACUCUGGCCAGACGAACCCUUUCAAUGCAUUGUGUCCCUUGGUACUGGCAAGUACAAGGGAAGGUCUGGCCCAAGCACUGAAGAGUUUAGCAGUCUGAAGGAAAAACUGUUAAAAGUUGUGGCUAGUGCAACAGAUACAGAAGCAAUAGACACUGUUCUCAGUGACAUACUGCCCAAGUCAGUGUACUUUCGGUUGAACCCAAACUUAUCAACUAAUGUACCCAUGGACGAAGGCAGGAUUGAAAUGUUGGAACAAGUUCAGUUUGAUGCCAGAAAACAUUUGGAAAAAAUUGAUGAAACUUUAAAGACUUGUGCAAAAAAUCUUCUUCAAGAUAAGACUGUUCUAAAUCGUGGAAUGGACAGGUUUAGAAAUUGGUAUAGGACUACAUGAGCAGACAUUUUUGUUAUGAACCUUUACAGCCUGACAUCAAUAUGCAUAUUCUCCAUUCUUUUCUUUAUACAUUUCCUAAGGUGUUGACAAGGAGAAUUUGGUUAACAAU